GGUGGCGGUGGUGGCGGUGGCCUCGCCACGCCGGGGCCACAGAGGCUUCCCGAGCGCUACCGAGUCCGCCGCAUGAAGGCGAACGCGCGCGAACGCCACCGCAUGCACGACCUGAACGCGGCCCUGGACGGCCUGCGCCGAGUCGUGCCGUGCCGUGCCGGGGCCCAACAACAACAACAACAGCAGCAGCAGCAGCAACAACAACAGCAACAACAACAACAUCAGCAGCAGCAGCUGCGCCUCUCCAAGAUCGAGACGCUUCGCCUCGCCGGCAACUACAUCGCCGCCCUCACCGUCGCCCUGCGCUCGGAGUCCAACCCGGACCCGCGAGCAUUCGCGGCCACGCUCUGCCGCGGGCUGUCGCAAGCGACGGCCAACCUGGUGGCGGGUUGCGUGCAAGGGGUGGCCCCAGAGCAGCUGCCGGCGGCCCCGUCGCCACCGCCGCUGCCCGACGCGCACGCUGUGCCCCACCUCGUGGCUCCGCGCGGCGUCGUGAUGCCCUCGGCGUGGGCCGCCACGCCGAGUCCCUCGUACGGACAGGCGGCGUGCAUGGGUGGGCCUGACCCGCAGAAGGAUCAUCAUCAUCAGCAUCAGCAGCAGCAGCAUCAUCAGCAGCAGCAGCAGCAGCAUCAGCAACGUCAGAGUCAUCAUCAUCAUCAUCAGCAGCAGCAAGGAGCCACGAGCACUUAUCUGCCAGGCAGAGUUCACAACGCUCAUCAUCAACACCACCACCACCAUCAUCAGCAGCAGCAGCAUCAGAAUCAUCAUCAUCAGCAGCAGCAGGAGCAACAAGGGCCACAUUUGCAGAGCGAGGGCGCACAUCAACACAUGCUGUUCCAUCAGCAUCAUCAGCAGUAUCAUUAUCAUAAUCAGCAGCAGCAGCAGCUUCAUCAGCAGCACGCGCCACUCCCGUCCGUGUUCCUCGGCAACUUUUCGCUGAAACACGACCCCGCCGAGGAGAGUGGGGGGCUCUGUUCCCCCUCGCCCAGGGGGGGCCGGGUUCAGAUGGGGGCUCGAGUCUCCACUCUGCACCCCCAAGUUCAUUAAUGAACACAACCACCACCCCCACCAUUCAGAUGCCUGAUCCAGCAGCGCUUGCACGGUCCACGCGUGUUACCUCCUAAAGAAAUACACAGACAACAGAAACCUCAAUAGAUGUGUCAAUAACAAAGGUACAAGAUAAACCUCCCCCCUCCCCCCUAUAGUCUUAACACCGAAUGAAGCCUGGCAUGGCACACGAGGGGGGGGGGGGAGGAGGGUGAGUAGCUGGGACCACACCCGGCCACCUUCGUCUUCCCGGUGCUGACGUUUACACAUCAGGUACUCAUCAAUGGCUGAGUCGAGCUCGCUUCGAAAAAACUAUUUUUUUUCAAUUGACCAGGUAAAGCCGAAUGUGGUUGGACUCGAUGGCAGGUGGUGGCUUGGAGAGGCCAUUAUCAUCCAGCAGUGGAUACGGGGAUGAAAGUUAUGAA